CGGUGCGGCUCUCUCUCUCUCUCUCUCCAUCUCACCGCGUAUCCUGCUCCCGAGCACCAACAGGAUGAUCUGCCGCCGCACCGUCACCGACAACCUUCACCUCACUUUCACACUCACUUAACCCUUCACUCGGACCUCCACGCCACCCCCAUGCUUUGCCCUCCUCCUGAGAUGCACAACUGGGCCACGAUUUCCCGGAGAAUAUCUUCACCUUGCGUCGCUCCUCGCUGAUAAGAGAGCAUGCCCGACACGGGGACGACGGCAGCGGCGGCCGCCAGCGGUGGGACGACCACCGCCGCCGACGGCCCCGAGAGCAACCGGCACCGACACCGAGCGCUGCCGGGAGACGCGGAGAGGCCGGAGCCGCAAAGCUCCUCCGGUGUGCUGGAUAAGUUGUUUGGAAAGCGGCUGCUGCAGGCUGGGAGACACAUCAUGUCUCACAAGUCUUGGAUGAAAACGGUGCCCACAGAGAACUGUGACGUCCUCAUGACAUUUGCAGACACUACAGAUGACCACACGUUGCUAUGGCUACUGAAUCAUAUCCGGCUGGGAAUCCCAGAGCUCAUCAUCCAAAUUCGACAUCACAAGCACACGCGAGUCUACGCGUUCUUCAUCACUGCUACAUUUGAAAAUUUGUUACGAGGUGCUGAGGAGAUAGGACUGAGGAAAGCUGUGAAGCCCGAGUUUGGAGGAGGAACGCGAAGCUUCUCCUGUGAGGAAGAUUACAUCUACGAGAACAUCGAGAGCGAGUUGUGCUUUUUCACGUCACAGGAGAGGCAGAUCAUCAUUAAAUACUGGAUGGAAAAUCUACGUGCCAAACAUGGGGAUGUGCUUCAUAAUAUUAACUUCCUGGAGGGCCAGCCAAUCAUCCCAGAGCUACGUGCACGAGGUGUGAUCCAGCAGGUGUUUCCUCUCCAUGAGCAGAGGAUCCUCAGUCAGCUGAUGAAGUCCUGGGUGCAGGCUGUUUGUGAAAAACAACCCUUAGAUGAUAUAUGUGACUACUUUGGAGUGAAGAUUGCCAUGUAUUUUGCAUGGUUGGGUUUUUACACCACUUCUAUGUUGUAUCCUGCUGUCAUCGGCUUUGUGCUGUGGAUGCUCACUGAGUCAGAUCAGACUAGCCGUGACAUCUGCUGUGUAGUGUUUGCACUGUUCAAUGUGGUGUGGGCCACUCUGUUUCUGGAGCGGUGGAAGAGGAGGGGGGCUGAGCUGGCGUACAAGUGGGGAACACUGGACACGCCAUCUGAAUCCCUGGAGGAACCAAGGCCUCAGUUCCGGGGAGUCAAGCGCUGCAGUCCCAUAACAGGAUGCGAGGAGUUCUACUAUCCUCCGUGGCGGAGGCGCGUGUUCAGGUGGCUGGUCAGCCUGCCCAUCUGUCUCCUCUGUCUCUGUUUUGUCUUCCUGGUCAUGCUCAUCUGCAUCGAGCUGCAGGAAUUUGUGAUGGGGAUCAAGGAAAUGCCUCGCCUGGCUCGUUUCAUCCCCAAAAUUAUGCUAGCUAUCACUGUGAGCGCAUGUGAUGAGGUGUACAGGAAAAUUGCCUGCUGGCUCAAUGACAUGGAAAACUAUAGACUCCAGAGUGCCUAUGAGAAAAAUCUCAUUAUCAAAAUGGUUUUUUUUCAGUUUGUAAAUUCUUAUCUCAGCCUUUUUUACAUUGGAUUCUACCUCAAAGACAUGGAGCGCCUGAAAGAGAUGCUGGUGGUGUUGUCUCUGUUAAGGAGUCUGCAGCGGCAGGUCCGGGUUAAUGUCCUGCCGUCCCUCAUCCUCAAGAUCCACAUGCAUAUGGUCUCUGUUCCCUGGUUCUCCAGGAAAUUUCUCAGGUCCAAAAUGCUGGCCACUCUGCUCAUCAUACGCCAGUUCCUUCAAAACGUGAAGGAGGUGCUGCAGCCUUAUCUGUAUGAGCGUCACAAGCUGGGCGAGCUUACACUGCGAGCUGUGUGGGACCUGCUGCUCUCAGUGCUGCUAAAAUAUGGCCGGCUGGCAGCUGGAAAAGCCCAGAUCUCCCCCACUGACCAGGCCAUGCCAGGACUUGGACUGAGAGGCACCCGGCCUGGGGUGACACAGGCCGAAAGAAGAGAAAAGAAAUGUUUAAACGGAGGAUGUGGAGUUCCUGACGAAGAAGAUGGAGGCGAGAGGGACGAGGCUGACAGUGGGAGGUUCAGUGAAGGAGAGACGGAGGAAGACGGUCUGAUCGACUGUGGUUUGAAGCUGAGGAAAGUCAGUUUCAUAGAGAAGGUGGACAGAAGGCCAGUCUGCGGUGGACCCCUCAUGGACAGUUUCCUGGAGGAGGGGAGCCCCACUAUGGUGGAGAAAGGGAUGGACCCUGCUUCUGUGUUUGAAAUGUGCGACGACGACGACGACAACGGCAUCCAUGAUGUGAAGGAGUCAGGUGUGGGAGGCGCGGUCGUGACUGAGGCAGCCGUGGCUGCUGCUGCUGCGGCGGCGGCAGCAGCUGCCGGUGCUGCUGCUCCGCUGCCGUCUCUGUCUGAAAGCAGCGCGUCACUGCGACACAGACGGAGAGGCAGGAGCGUCGAGAGGCCCGAGACGAAGACGAAAAGGGAAUCGUGGAUAGACCCACCGGAGGAGAGAGAGAGCACUACGCUCACUCAGGCUGAGAUGGAGAGCUGCAUGCAGAGAUAUACCGACACCUUCCAGGACUACCAAGAGAUGUUUGUCCAGUUUGGGUACGUGGUCCUCUUCUCCUCAGCCUUCCCUCUCGCUGCCAUGUGUGCUCUCAUCAACAACAUCAUUGAGAUCCGCAGCGAUGCCUUUAAGCUCUGCACUGGUCUGCAGAGGCCCUUUGGAGUCCGAGUGGAGAGCAUCGGCCAGUGGCAGACUGCAAUGGAAGCCAUGGGCCUGAUCGCCAUCAUUGUAAACUGUUACCUGAUUGGUCAGUGUGGUCAACUACAGCGUCUCUUCCCUUGGCUCAGCCCAGAGAUGGCCAUCAUCUCUAUCGUCAUCCUCGAGCACUUUGCUAUUCUCCUGAAGUACAUCAUCCACGUGGCCAUACCUGACAUUCCUGCAUGGGUCCAAGAGGAGAUGGCUAAACUGGAAUAUCAGCGAAGGGAGGCCUUCAAGAAGCAUGAGCGGCAGGCGCAGCAGCAUUACCAGCAGCUGCAGAGGAGGAAGAGGGAGGAGGAGGAGAGGCAAAGGCAGGCAGAGCAUGUGGCCCGUAGGGAGAGGGAGAGGGACGACAGCAAGGGUGAAUCCUCUGGGGAUCACCACCACGACAAAAGUCACGGCAGCAAAUCACGCACGGGCGGUGGUGGAGGAGGAGGAGGAAGUGGGGGCUCAGACAAACCCAAGAGGCCCAGCUCUCUGCUGGCCAACAAUAAUGUCAUGAAGUUGAAACAGAUCAUCCCACUGCAGAAUAAGUUCUCCUCCAGUGGAGCGCGCUCGCCACAGUCUCCCACCAGCAGUGAACCAAAGCUUCCUGGGUUCCUGAGCUUCAAGUUCCUCAAGUCACCUGAGAACAAGAAGGAAGGUGCCGCGGCCACUGCCACCAACUCCACUGCGACAGCAUCAUCGUCAUCUUCAUCAUCAGGUAGCAGCUCUCAGGAGCGUUCUCAGUCACCCAGCAAAGCCUUCAACCCUGGAAAACUGUUUAACUUUGGGAAAUCUGAGGGAGGGACAUGUGUGAACGGGGCGGGGCUGCUCAGAUCCGGGGAAGGAUCCUCAUCGUACACAUCAGAGCGACAUACGUCCAGGUCUGACUUGAACGGCGUACCGGACGAGAUCCCCUCACCUGGAGAGGAAGAAUCCGAGAACGGACAUUCGACAGACUUGGACACAAGUGGCUCUAAGGUUUAGUAGCUGCACAGAAGACAAACCUGUCUCUCGUUACAUCUCAGCUGAAGAAUUCAUUUGUUUACUGUGAGGAAUGAAAAAGAAAAGCCUGACCUACCCUUUGUAUUGUUGUAGGCCAUGUGUAGAAGUAUGUGGAGCAGAGAGAGGAAGUGAUGACACUGAGAGGUGACUGUUGUCGUUCUGCUGAUAGACUAAAAAAAAGAAAAAAGAAAAUCAGUCUUACUAUAAUGACCGAAUAAAAACACACAUACACUCCCUUACACAAACAUACAAACCCUUCCCUGUCUGCAAUAUGUAAAGAAAUGCAUGAGCUGCGUUUCUGAUCUUUUCAAGCCUUUAAAGCAGAGAGCUGUCUUUCUCGAUUUCUUCUGGUCGGAAAUUGUAAGCGUCUCGGCCCUCGGCCUCCUACUAGGACAUAUCAACUCGUUGUGGAGGGAAAAAAAAAGAUUUAAAAAUCCAUAGAGUUCGUGUGAAAGGAUCAAUUGUACAUCAAGUAAUGACUGGGAUUGUUCUUUAGCUGUCAACACACAAGUGAUCGUUAGAUAUCUGUCUCAUUUUUAACCGUGAGGAAUUCUUGGCUCCCCUCACUUUUGUAUCGAAGCGACAAAAAAACAAAAAAAUGAAAAAGCAAUAUCAAUCAGUGUUUUAAUUAUUGUUAUCAAUCAUCACACAAACCCCGUCCCAAAAUGAGGCAUCCUCGAUAUAUCACCAGCUUUAUUUUCAAAGUGCAGGUGAUGUCUGAGCUUUCUACAGUUCCUUGCACCCUGUGGCAGAAUCUGAUUUGUUUGCAAAAAAAAAAAGAAAUGAAGGAGUCAUGACGUACCAGUGUUUUCCCCGAGCAAUCAAGUCGAAGGAAGAACAGAAUAAACAAACGCAGGAGUAGAAAAAUAUCAUUUUGAAAAAGUGGAGCAGACGCCCCGUAGUGUGCUGCUCAUCAGCUUCUCUCCACCCUCUUUAUCCAGACUUGGCAAACGAGUGUAGAGUUGAUGAAGUACCAUUUGCACUAAAUCCUGGCGCCCUGCUUAGAAACAGGGAGAGAGAGAGAGAGAGAGAAAGUCAACACCAGCCUGCCUCCUAACAUUAUGCAAAAGCUGGAUUGUUUGCAUUUUUUUCCUGCUUUUCUCACAGGACGUGCUUUCCUCUCGUCUGUCUCCGCUCUCAGCAACUGUGGGACUUUCUUUUUUCUAACUAAAGUUGCUCUUAUUUUAUGUUGAGCUUUAUCUUUUUUAUAUUCACACUUCAUUUGCAAAGUGGUCGAGGUUUGCUUUUUUUUUUUGUUUUAACCAAAGUGUUACUUUUUGGAUUAUACUGCUUUCCCCGCUCCCCGAGAUGUUCUGUAUUCUGUCAAUCAUGUACUAAAACACUGUUCAUGAAAGGUGUGUGCAGGCUCAUCCUCAGUGACCAUUGAUUUCAUUUCUUUGGGGUCUCCAGAAGGUGGUGCUACAGUUUAUGUGCAAGGUGAAUUCAUUGUUUAUUUCAACAUUUGUUUCACUUCACCACCACUUCUUCUUAUUAUUAUUAUUAUUAUUAUUCAGCCGUUGAAUCAGUGUGCAGCGGGUGCAGGUGAAGCGAGAGGCUGCAGUAGUAGAACACUGUGAAAGGAAAUGGUUUAUGGAGUAAAAGACAGGGUUCACAGCACGGGAAGUCGGUUAUGACAGUUACAUGAACUAUGCAUUUCGAGACCAUCACCUCUGGCAAGGGUUUUGGCAAUAUCUGAGUAGCUGUUGAGACUGAGUCAGCGGCUCUGAAUCCAGCUAAAUUAUACCCGGCCAGACUCUAUGCAUCUUUUUUCCUCGUGUCCCCUCAGAUUUCUCCGUCAGUGACAUCCUCUCUCAGUCUCACCCUCUUGUAUAUUAAACGUAUGGAAUUCACCUAAAUAUUCUCAUCCACCUAUAGCUUCAGAUUUAUAUUCUGUAGCUCAAGAGAAACUAAACGUGUACUUCUGCAGAAAAGACAAAAAAAAAUCAAACUGACAUUUAAUGCAAUAAGGAAAUAGGAUAUCUGUGUGGUCUCGGUAUCGUUUUACAAGCGUUCGACAGUGUGUUCUCUUUUUUUUUUUCUUUUUUUUUUACGUUUGGAAGGUAGUGUUCUUCAUGUAUACUUAGAAGAGCGAGGCUGAAAGAAAUGUAAUAUCGUCGGUGUCUCUGUGCAUCCUUCGCCCUGGUCGCCACUAAAAGGAGAAUUCACAGAAGAGCAUACAGUAGCUCAGCAUAGUUUCAUCCAUCCCAACCUUUAUUCCUGCAGCAGCAGGGACGAAUGACGUCACGACGCAAUAUAGUCCAUUCAUCAUCAUUAGUAAGGCUUUGUGGAGGACAAGCCAGUGGAGGUUACUGGAGUGAGACGGUAAAUGUUACAAUAAAGUUCAGAUCAUAGCUUUUAUGUACGUUCCUCCUUAAUCAGGAAAAACGUACCCGUUUAACACCUUUUUCAUCGCUCAACCCUUGGAAACAGUCGUACGUUUUGCGUUUUCUUAUAAUGAAGCAUUGAUUGCGGUGAUGUAACAGAUAAACGGAUGUGGAACAGUUGGGUGUCUUAUUGAAAACAUUUUAUCAGAUGACAGCGACAGCACCUUCAUGGUUUUCACGGGCCAAACACAGGCUUUCCUCCUCAGACUGAAGUGGAUCCACGCGUCACAAGUCUGUCAGUCAGAUCGGUGGGAAGGGGCUUCAGUAAAUGUUCCGUCUUGGAUGUUAAGCGUGGAUGUGAACGAGUGAGAUUCACACCACGGGUACAGUACAUUAGAACCUCACCCCUAACCUCAACAUUUUAAGACUUCUCAUUGUCAAGGAAGCCUCAUUUACUGAACAUCAUAUGCUCUUCCAAUGUACCACUGUACAAAACAAAUCUUUUCAAGGAAAAUACUGGGAAAUGUGACUUAUUUAUUUCUUUUAAUUUAUUUUGUCAUAUUUUUGUAAGACCCGAAAAAUAGUUAAUAAAACUAUUUCAAAAGCA